AUGCAGCUGUAUAUCGGUGGAAUACGAGAGAAUACUCAGGAAAAGGAAGUCUUUGACUAUUUCUCUAAUUAUGGACCGGUUGAAAGUGUUAAGCUUUAUAGUACAUACGGGUUCUUAAUUGUGGACGGGGAGACCGGAGAUCGAAUUUUAGCUGAGAAACACAGUAUAGGUGGAGAACCAGUAGUAGUUGAACUAGCUAGAGGAAGAAGAAUGGAUAGAGGACCAGUCUUUGCUUCAGGACCUCGUUAUAUGGGACCAGGAAGGACUCCUUUACAUACAAGACCUUUUCGUCUUAUCUUAGAAGGUUUACCUCAAGAUGUAGAGUGGUCUGAAUUAAGAUCUUUUGUUCUGAUGAGUAAAGCUAGACCGGAGUAUAUGAAGAUCUUGCAAUCUGGAGAUGCUUUACUUGAAUUUGGAUAUAAACAAGAGAGAGAUUGGGCGAUUGAAAGAUUGAAUAAUCAACAAUUUUAUGAUAAGACAAUCACAGCUCGAUUAGGACGAAGAAAGACAGAUGAUAGGAAGGGUUUAGAGGAGAGGAGGAGUUUAGCACGGGAAGAGCCUCAAGAAGAGACAAUGGGUUAG